GUAACUAUUAUAGUCGCAUAUUUUUUCUGACAUAAUCUCUCCUCUCUCGUCGGUUGCAUUGUGGGCCCGCACUCUAACGUGUCUGCCGCUGGUAACCCAAUUAAUGAUCCAUGGAGCAGUUCAUGAACUGGCCCCUGUGUAACUGGAGGCUGCAAACCACCUACGAUGAUAAUGGGGACCGGUGCCACCAGGGGUCGACCGGCGACGAGUCCUGGCACCCCGUUAAACGUCUAGGUAGUGGUUCUUUCGGUGAUGUCUGGCAGGAGCGCUGCACGUCGGGACCUUCGCAAAACGGGGUUCGCGCUGUAAAACACCUUCACAAGCGACAAACCAAAUUCUUGGAGAUGUCACAGCGGGAGCUCGAUGCCCUUGACACCUUUUCUGCGGCUGAGUACAAGCGGCAUUUAGUCCAAUUCCUCGGCUGGUUCGACGACUCUGAACAUCUCUAUAUCGCGAUGGAGUUUAUCGAGCAUGGCGACCUUCAAAGCUUCAUAACUGCCCCCUUUCCAGAGCCUGAAGCGGCGUCAAUUGUAACUCAAGUUGCCCAGGCGCUACAGUACAUGCACCGUAAGAAUUUCGUUCAUCGGGACGUCAAACCCUCGAAUAUCCUAGUUUCCUCUCCAGGUCCUAACUGGCAUGUCAAACUCGCCGACUUCGGAAUCGCGAAAAAGACAGAUGGCACUGCUCUUGGCACGCACUAUAUCGGAUCCCCUGGCUAUAUGGCACCCGAGCUGUACGACAACCUGUCACCUCACUAUACAGCAGCUGUCGAUGUGUGGGCGCUUGGAGCUGUGGCAUUCUGUCUGCGUACAUGCUCUCCUCCUUUCCGGACAAUCAAGCACCUGCUAGACUAUGCUCGGGACCACAGGAUCCAGUUCCCCCUUCGACCAUUGGGAACCUCGAGUGGUUUCUGCAUGAACUUUGUGCUGGGAACAAUGGCGGAACUUCCUGAACGACGAUUGACGAUUGAACACGUCCUCGCUCAUGACUGGCUUUCGGAACACGCGACUGUGCAUCAGGGGGAUAACAUGGAUAUAGCCUCGCUGACGAAGUUAACAACAUGGAGCACGUCGCCGUCUAAUGCCUGGUCAAACACGUAUGAUGGCACCGAAAAACAGCAGCCGCCGCCUCUUUCAACCACUACACCGAUAACAGCCCCUUCCCCCUUGCCCCUUAAGCGGGAACAAUCUAUGGAAGGUGAAUUAGCGAGGAAUUUGGAAGACAUUCGGCUAGGGUCUAGUGAGCAGGGGAACGACGACAAAACCAAAGGCCAUCCAAAUCUCAGACUCACGAUUAUUGGUACCCAUGGACUUCACAAGAGACAUAUAUUUCGACCUGAUCCCUUCGCUGUAGUGACGGUUAAUGGGGAAGAAACGCAUAGGACCAGCGUCAGAUACGGAACCGUGAAUCCGUAUUGGAAUGAGAGGUUUGACCUUCUUCGAUCAGAAGAAAUCCAAGAAGCAAAACCAGGGUUUUCUAGGUCUCGUGACAAUCCGGGUUGGCGAUGUCAUAGAUUUAAUAAUGGGCGGUGAUGAGUUGGUUACCCAUGAACUCGAGACAGACGAGCAGGGGAAAGCAGUUCAUGCGAAGAUUUUCCUCCAUUUUUCUACUAAUCUGCCAAAUAUACCAGCGC